AUGAUCGGACGCAGUUACCGCCUAUUACAGAGACUGCUGCCUGGUAAAACAUUACGGGUUUUCAGACGAUGUUCGUUGCCGAUCGUUGGAUCCAGUAUCCUCACGGUGUUCAACAUAUGUUUCUAUGUCAGGACUCGUACAGGUGAAGUUGGCGAUAUCGCUGCGCAGUCGCAGCCGCUCGGGGAUGAUCCACUGCUGACUCCCCCGCUGGAGAAGAAGCGGCAAGCGGAGGGCCAUCCAGAGCCAGCUGCCGUGAAGGGUGAUGUUCUUCCCCUGCUUGCUCCAGUCGCGCCAGCUGCAGUGAAGGGCGGUAUGCUUCGCGUGCCAGCGCAGGCACCGACGCCGACACCGGCGCCUGCACUGGUCGCGCCAGCAGCGGCACCAGCACGGGCUAUGCCCGCGCUUGCCCAGCAGACCGCAGGGCCAACAGCCGCGCCAGCACCCCCACCAGGUAUUGAGCUGAUCGUAUCGCAGUUUCGCUUGGUGCCGCUCGCCGCGGGCACCUUCGCAGCAUUCACCCCGAGAGCGAACGUGUCCGAGGAGAGCCUCCUGUCCCCCGCGCAGGGCGUGUACGAGAUGAUGAACCUGUCGAGCGCCUGGCCGCGCCUCGGGUACUGCCGCCGUGGGCAGAGCCUGCUGCCCCAGAUCCCCGACAGCGUCUGCGACUGGCGGGCGUGUGUGGAGGUCGACGGGGCUGGCUACGGCGUCGACCGGCUGCUUCUGGGGCGCCGCGCGGCCGUGGAGCAGAGCACCGAGGGCUGCCAUCCGGUCGCCGGGGGGCAGACGGCUCGCGGGCACGAUGUCGGGGGCCCUCCGCUGGUGAGCUUCGUUUACACCCUUCACAACAACCCGAUCAUGUCCUCCAAGGCGCUGCUGGCCGCGUUCCGCACCGCGCACGAGGUGUCCAGCGCGGAGUUCGUGCUCCUGGACGACUGCAGCAGCGAGGACAUGACGCCGUUCGUCGGCGUCGCAGAGACGCUGGAGUCGGUGUUCGGCACGAGGAUACAGAGGUGGCGGACGCCAGAGUCCCUGGGGUAUACAUUCGCAAACACCGUGGCUCUAAAGCUUGCGUCGGGCACUUACGCGUGCCUGAUGAACAGCGACGUGUUUCCGUUGCCAGGGUGGCUGGCCGCGAUUUUCCACACCUUGCGAACGUUCCCUGGAGCGGGAAUCGUAGGACCUCUGCAGGUGAGUCCGGACGCCCGCGUCAUGGAGGCCGGCGGCACCGUCUUCAGGCAAGGGCACGCUUACAACAUCGGGCGUCGUGCGUGGCCGUGGGAGUUACCCUAUUUGCAUUCUCACGUGGUGGACUACAUCUGA